ACUAACGGUGCUGGUGACGGCGGGGAAUAUACCGGAGAGUUACCACUUCUAUUGUAUAAGAUAGAAGAACUCUUGACUACUAUACCUGAAUCAACGCACAUUACUAUUUUUGAGCGUGAUACGGCACGUCAGAGAAUAACAAAAGGAACAACCUCAUAAUAGCCAUUUUGUCAAGUUGUGAACCCUUUCUUAACCUCGUCGAGUCAUGUCUUUGGACACGGAUACUCAAUUCACUUCCAGUGAACUGGAGAAGGCCAUGGAUCAUGACAGACCCGCGCUAUCACCAGCUAGAUUCCCACAGACACCCAGCGACGCCAAGUGCUAUUGGAUUGAGAACUUCCCCAUCAGCCUGGACGAACACUUUGCAUCGGCUCCUCUACCAGAAGAUGUCGAUGUUGCCAUCAUUGGUUCUGGUAUCACCGGCGCCGCAGCUACAUACAGGGCUUUCUCAGAAACAGCCAGAGCUGCGUGUAGCUGUCCUUGAGGCUCGCGGUCUCUGCUCUGGCGCGACAGGCCGUAAUGGAGGACAUAUUGGCCGUCCAGAAGUCUAUGACUAUCGCGAGCUGGCAAAGACCUUCGGCACCGAGGAUGCGCUGCGUAUGAGAAACAUGGUGCUCAAAAACAGAGACAUGAUGAUUGAGUGCAUUUCUCAGCUCGAUGCUGCAGAAAAGGUUGAUCUUCGUCUCAAUGGCACCAUGGUCGUCUUCGCAAGCCAGGAGGAACGUCAAAAGUUUGAGGACGAUCUGAAAUACGCUCGUGAGCAAGGGUAUAAGGAGGAAUGCCGCAUUUUGAGCCCAGAGGAUAUCUUACAGAAAGUCUCCAUUACCCCUGAAGCGGCCCAACAUGGUGCCGCAUAUCUUGAGAACUGUGGUACCAUGUACCCAAGAAGGUUCGUCAACGUGCUCUUUGAGGCCGCACUGGAAAGAAUGCCGGCCCUCUCAUUGCACCCCAAUACGCCCGUCUCCCAAGUUUCUUGCGUCACAAAAGACUCAUCCCAGCAUUACCUCAUCACAACCAGCACUGGAAAAGUUGUCAAUGCCAAGGUCGUCCUCCAUGCGACCAAUGGUUACGCAAACAACCCCUUGCCCGUUCUAAGAGGGAAGAAAGGCGUUGUGGGCUGCAUGGCUCACAUGCUCGGCAUACAGCCACCAAAGACCGCGCGUACCCAGCUUGACCAAGGUUUUGGAUACGCUGAUUUUUGGCACUGGAUUCAACAGGCACCGCAGAAAGGCCCCUUUCUGUACGGUCUUGCUACUGCAGAGUGUAUGAACUACUACAACGACUCCCAGACUAUCCCUGAUGAUGACCCGGUGAAGAAGGAGAUGCUCCGAUUUCUUAAACAGACAUUUGGUGAAUGGUUCCCAGGAGUUGAAGUACAGCCGUGCGUCAAGUAUGACUGGACCGGUAUCCAGGGAUUCACUGUCGAUGGUGCAAGUAUCGUUGGCCGGCCGGACAAGGAUAGCUUGGGUGAAUUCGUAUCUGUGGGACACAAUGGUGAGGGAAUGACGAGGUGUUUCGCUUGCUCAACGGUCGUCACGGACAUGAUGCUUUCUUUCUUGCGCGGGGAAAAGGAUUUUCAGGUUCCUGAAUGGUUCCCCAAGGCAUUUGUGAGGGAUCUAGCAAAUAGCCCUCAGCAAGCUUGAUUAUAGUUGGAGCCAGGAAUCCCCUAGCCAUAGUUCAUAGUCAGAAUAUAUUCGACAAG